CGAGGCCGAGAUGACUUCCAAGGAGGAUGGCAAGGCGGCGCCGGGGGAAGAGCGGCGGCGCAGCCCGCUGGAUCACCUGCCGCCUCCCGCCAACUCCAACAAGCCGCUGACUCCGUUCAGCAUUGAGGACAUCCUCAACAAGCCGUCUGUGCGGAGAAGUUACUCGCUGUGCGGGGCGGCGCACCUGCUGGCGGCCGCGGACAAGCACGCGCCGGGCGGCUUGCCCCUGGCGGGCCGCGCGCUGCUCUCGCAGACCUCGCCGCUGUGCGCACUGGAGGAGCUCGCCAGCAAGACCUUUAAGGGGCUGGAGGUCAGCGUCCUGCAGGCAGCCGAAGGCCGCGACGGGAUGACCAUCUUCGGGCAGCGGCAGACCCCCAAGAAGCGGCGAAAGUCGCGAACAGCCUUCACCAACCACCAGAUCUACGAGUUGGAGAAGCGCUUCCUCUACCAGAAGUACCUGUCCCCGGCGGAUCGCGAUCAAAUCGCGCAGCAGCUGGGCCUCACCAACGCUCAGGUCAUCACCUGGUUUCAGAAUCGACGCGCCAAGCUCAAGCGGGACCUGGAGGAGAUGAAGGCCGACGUGGAGUCCGCCAAGAAACUGGGCCCCAGCGGGCAGAUGGACAUCGUGACGCUGGCGGAACUCGAGCAGAACUCGGAGGCCGCGGGCGGCGGUGGCGGCGGCUGCGGCAGGGCCAAGUCGAGGCCUGGCUCUCCGGCGCUCCCUCCAGGCGCCCCGCAGGCCCCGGGCGCCGGGCCCCUGCAGCUCUCUCCAGCCUCCCCGCUCACGGACCAGCCGGCCAGCAGCCAGGACUGCUCAGAGGACGAGGAAGACGAAGAGAUCGACGUGGACGAUUGA